AGCCUUGUCGUCAGUAACCAGCCAGAAGAAAGAUAUGCUUAUGGGACAAAUUUAGCCUUUGACCAUCUUGUUCUCUGAUGUAAAAUCAUGAAGAUCUAAAACUCGCUUGGGUGCUGUGUGUGAUUAUCUACUAAGUAUAGGCAAAACUCGUUUUCAAGAAAUGUUACUUUGUUAAAGAUAGCAGUUGGCCUUAGAGGAAUAUUAAAGAACUCUUUUUAUAAGAGAAAAGAGGCAUGAUUCUCUCAUAUUUUAUGGUAAGAAAACUGAGGUUUACAAUUUGAUCUAAGAGAAGACUGAAGUGUAUAUUAUCUUCUUCAGGUGAUUACACAAGGAUGGAGUCGGUCUGACUUAGUCUAUUCAAUUUCAAUUAAAUCCUAUCACAAUCUUUAAGGAAUAUCUUUAAAAUUGAUUUGGCAUUAUUUAUCAAAACAUGUGGGUGCAUUUGUUUUUAAAUACCUCAUUCAAAUACUUAGAAGAAUGUUGUUCCUUUGCCUUCCUUUGAUUUAAGGAAGAUUUUUCUAUGAGCUUCUAUAAGAUUUUCUUGCAUAUACAGAGUCCGAGACCUGUACCUAGUUUAUUGGGAUUGUGAUUAGAACUAACUUUUCCAAGCAUUUUGAACAUUUUUAAGAGAAAAGAUUGAACAGCUGUGAGGAAUUGAUCCAGUUUAAAACCUUUGAAUCCGUCAAAGUUCUCUUUUUAAUAUUUAAUACAAUAAAAAUA